AUGUCUACUGGGAUCCGGGCCAAGUUUGAGCCAACGGCCUUUCUGAGUCAUGUCUACUGGGAUCUGCUACAACACACACCAGUCGGAUAUGGAGGCUACCGUUGGUCUCUUCACGGCAUAGACGGAUAUACUGGCUUCCAGUGGAUCAUGUUCUUAACCAGAAAGAAACACGCACUGCCAAAACUAAAGGAAUGGAAGGGGAAGGUGGAGAAGAUGAGUGGCGGGCAUCAAGUUCAAGCCUUUGUCUUUGACAAUGGCGGCGAGUUCAAAUCAGACAAGACAACUGAAUGGGGCAACAAGGAAGAGGUCAAGAUCAAAUACACAACACCUUAUGCCCAUGAACAGAACGGCAGAGCCGAGAAAGCUGGCAAAGAUAUUGCAGCUGGAGCCCGCACAACGCUUAUUCAGCUACAAUUACCUCAAGAACUAUGGCCUCUCUUCAUGGAGACCAGUGUAUAUGUUCACAAUCUCCUACCAUCACGGCGGUACAACUGGCAACAUUCACAAUCUCCUACCGGCACGGCGGUACAACUGGCAAAGUCCAAUCCAACGGAUGUUCAAAAUCAUCAACUUGCCGAAAUUCAAGUCAAGAGCCAGAAAAUGGCCAACAAAGCAAGAAUUGGCAACCUUGUUGGCAUGGAAGGUCUGCAUGGCCACGUAUACAAAAUAUGGCUUCCGGAUGAACAACGAGUCAUCCGAGCCCGUGAUGUGCGCUUCCAUGAGGGACCCAACAAUAAAACCCGCACUGAUCCGACGAUUGAAUACGAAGCUAAACUCGUCGAGCCAGACCCUGAAGGUUCUGGAAAGAUCACCUACACAGAAGUGCGGGAUGAGCUAGGCACAGACCUAGGCGGAAAAUGA